GUAUAAAAGGCCCGUCUGCCUGAAAGACACAAAACACACAGUUUUGGACUGACACAUUGCUUACACUUUCAGAGACCUACUACAGAGCUAAAAUGAGAUUUGCAGUGCCCUUAUUUCUGUGCUUGGCUACAGCAGCAUUGCAAACUGCACUCACUGCAUCACUCCAGUCUGCAGAGAGAGAGGAAAUCAAUGGUGAGGAAGUGGGCGAACUAACUGAACUGCAAAAGAGAGAUCAGAUGGAGUUUGAGGCAGCUCAGAUGGAGGCAGCUGAGUUGGAGCCAGCUGAAUUGAAGGAAGUUCAGAAUGAAAAAAGCUACAUGGAGAAUCGACGCUUCUUGGAGGCUGGUCAAGAUGAAAAUGCUGAGGAAAUAGUUGAAACAAAGGAUGAAGAGAAAGAUGAUGGCAAUGAAAACGUGGAUACAGGCCAUGAGGAAUCUGAGUCUGAAUUUGAGUCUAUUGAAAGCACUGAUGAACUCAAGCAAACGCAAGAACACAAUGAGACAGAGGAGAUAAGCAAUUUAGAUGAGCUCAUUGAGGACAAGUCAAAAUAAGAAGGUGAUAUCUCUUUUUAAAAGAGAUAAUACUGUGUGUUAAAGUCGGUUCUGGAGUGAUACGGUGCAGGACAUGUGACGGGCUGAGGCGGAGCUUACAAACCCCAUUGUCGCAGUACCAAAGACUACUCUUUGGCAGUAGGCUACUGUGCAUGGUGUGAUUCAGACAAGACAGCAGAAGUUUACUGUAAAUAAAGAGGAAAUCUGAC